AUGGCAAGCGACAGCGCGGCCAGUCAGGGCCGCCCCCUCACCCUCGAGGGCAUCGACAUGCAGCUGCCGACCGGCGCCAACGAGCUGACCAAGCGCCUCGUGCAGCGCAUCCUCCGCCGCGACAUCACUGCUGCUGGCGUGGCGGAUCUCAUUCAUGGAGGGGCCGAUCCGAACGUCGGCAUCACACUCAACUCCGAUGGUCGAUUGCACAUGAGUGUCCUCGCUCUCGCCAUGGACACCGACAGCCGCACGAGUUGCACGUCCCCACUGACCGCGAGGAUUGGGGAAGCGUCGGUCAUUCUGCCCCUCUGGCCGACGCGGCAGCAUCACGAGGAGAUCAUGACGGCACUGCUGGCGGGAGGGGCGCACGUCGAUGGCGACCGAGGGCAAAUCGUGGUGCCCAUCAGGAUGGCCAAGAGCUCCCUCAACCUCACAGCGCUCAACGUGUUGCUGGCCAACAACGUGACGGUCCGCGGCCUUGGCGUGUGGCCGAUCCUCUUUUGCUUUGUGUCCCCUUCCCCCCCCUCCCUCAAUCAGAGGCGGAAGAGGAGUCACUGAUGGUCAUAUCUCGGCGCCUAUUGCAACACGACCCCUCCCUUGCCACCGAGAGGAGCACGGUGAUGGAAGUCACCCCCUUGCACGACAGCGGCUGCCUGGGUGGGCUCUCUGAGGCGUUCGUCAACGAGUACAUGGACAUGCUGGUGACCCAUGGGGCCGACAUCACAGCCGAAAACAACCGCGGACGUACGCCACUGGGGUGUGCAGCCGAUGAAGGCGCCUACUGGCCGCUGCUGUAUCUCUGUCAGCGUCUUUCUGCGGCUGACAUCAACCGCCAGCUUCGUCCCGUGAGGUGGUCGGUACAGAGGACUGCUCUCAGUUUUGCUGCACAAGGGCUGCAAUGGGGUAUCGAGCGUGGCGAUCCUCCUGAAAAGCUGAACGACGUGCAGCGAUAUGGCGCAUCUAUCGGCCUGAUGCCCACCGAUCUCUCAGAUAUCCUCCUCCAAGAGCGGUCGUUGGUGCUGGAGCAGUAUGAGGCCGUCCUCAACGACCUGCCGUCCCACGUCAUGGCCGCCAUCAACGCCGCCCUCGAGCCUCAGCGCGACACCGCCGCCCACAUCGGCUGUCUACUCCCCAUGGCGCCCCACCACGACGGUGCCUACCCCAGUCCCGCCCCGUCCAAUCUCUCAUUCGGUCCCCAGGAGGCGACAGCCAUCGCAUGGAAGAUGGCGCAUUCCUCCACGACCCCACGGCUGCCCGGGCCAUCAUUGACGAGUACCUGGUCGCCGACUCCCAGCUCAAGCGCCGCGUGAGUGCUGCCGUCGACCACUUUGUCGAGCAGGCGGCGACCAGGACAGCGAGUAAUGGGGAGGUGGUGGGUGCGAUGGCUGAUGUGGAGGGCGAGAUGGUGCGGGUGCCGCUGCAGUGCUUCGCCAUCAACGGCGGGCAACAUGCACAGAGGCGGCUGGCUGUGCGUGAGGUGGUGCAUCGGGCGAGGCUGGACGAGGCAGCCGCAUACAGCCUCACGGGAGUGGUGAAGGGCUUCAACAGCCACUUGAGCGACACCGACUGCCGGUUCCAGUGGGGGCAGCUGGGCUAA